GCACAAUAGAGCGCCUCUCCCGCCGCAUAUAAGCUCACGACGUGAAUAUUAGCAAGCGUUGCAGCGACCUACCAACAAUCGCGCACUGGUGAGAAAGCGUCGUUGCACAACACUGGUCUUUUGCAGAGCCAGCCUGCUGCACAAGUCAGCAGAGUGCAAACAUGCUACGCCGAACGGCAAUCCUCCUCCACACGGCGUCGCUCGCACGAGCCCUGACGACGUCGACGCCGCUCUUCGCCGCGAACGCCGCCAAAAAAAUCAGACCAUCCAGAGACGACGUCGACCGCAUCAGUUGGGGCAAGCCGUCCAAGAAGAAGGGCGUCGGCAGCCGGGGCACGCCGCACCGACUGAACGAGGCCGAGCGCGCGGAGUACGACCGCGCGAAGGCCCGCGGGUACGUCGAGGUGGCCGGUAGCGCGUGGCGGAAAGAACGACGCGACGCGCCGUUGUUGAACACGUGGCGCAACUGGUGCGACGCCGUCGCUCUUCCGUCGAUCUCCGUGCAGAAAGGUACUGAUGUCGAUUUGGUCGUCGUCGACCUCUCGCCGUUGCGGCGACCGGACGUCCUGGAGGUCGCGGCUGCGGUGCGGGCGCUGCCUACGCCAUGCGCGUCUGUCGACGUCGGCGAGUCGGAGGAAAUCGUGGAGGAUGAAGCGCGGCCGAUCCACCAGCUGCCGCGCUACGAGGUCGCGUGGCAGGCCCCCGACCGCGCGGCGGCGAAGGCCCUGGCCAAGGAACUCGCGGGAGCAUUCGGCCACGCGCCGAAGAAGGCGUCGGGCGGGAAGUCCGCGCCGCGCGUCAAGGCUGGCAAGGGCCGCCGGCACGGGGGCUACGGGAUUUGAUUGUUGUAACUAUUGAUUGUAGA